AUGGAAUCUGAUUGUUCAGAUCUUUCUGACAAAGCCGAAGAUACAUUUUCUCUAUGGGACGAUCACCACAAAUUAGUCCAUAAGAGUUGGAAAACGGUGAAAUCUGACGAUUCUAUUUCUGAUGAACUAUCUAUUUAUUUACGUAGCCCAGUAGGCAGAUUAAAUGAGAAUCCUUUAGAAAUUUGGAAUGAUCUCAAGAUUCAGCUACUUAAACUUUACACAAAUGUAUACAAAUAUUUAACCAUGGCAGGAUCUUCAGUUCCAUCUGAACGUUUGUUUUCUAAAGCAGCACAAAUCGUCAAUCAACAACGAAAUAGACUUAAAGGCAAACUUUUAAAUAAACUAUUGUUCUUGCAAAGUCUUCCAAAAGAACACUGGAUAUAG